AUGAAAAUUUCGUCCGAAACCCCUUUUAUUCAUGAAUUACCACCCGUGAAUAUUAAUCAUUCUUCAAAAACUCCGAAUGGAACUUGCCAGGGACUGGGUCAAUCCAAAAGAAUUCCAAUCGAUUGCACUCCACUCGUGAAUCCGAAUUUAUCGAUUCUCACCAACACGCAUACGGAGAAACCAGCAGUGGAUGCGAGCCACACCUCGAACAGACUACCGAAUUCGAUCUCGGCCGAUAACAAGCUCAGUGUAAAUACACAAGUUCACACGAAAAAACCGAAAACCGGUUCAAAGUGCACGAAAACCAGAACAUGGUUCCGCCGGUUGUUCACUUGUCUACUCUCCCACGUCGGUCUGGCCGCCCUGGUUAUUAUCUACACCCUUCUCGGUGGAUUGAUAUUCUGUCAUAUAGAACGGGGCUAUGAAAAGGAAGUAAAAGCGCAGGUGGUGCGAAAUCGUACACGUCUUUUGAGUGAGCUCAUGCUCAUGUGGCGUGAAAGUCAGCUGGAACUUCUCCGAGAGUUGGCACUAGAUCUAAAAGAAUUGGAACGUGCUGUUCAGGCAGGAGCACACAGGAAAGCGGCCGGUUCCACAAGUGGGAUAAGCUCGAACACGCUCGAUGUUCUAAUCAAAGAUCACGCUGAUCGGGAGAAACUCCUGGCCGGUUUAGCAUGGUAUCUGAGGGGUUUAGGAUGGCCUCGACGCAUAUUGCCAUCUUCGUGGUUCCUCGACAAAUGGAACGUGUCCCAAAACCUGUUGAAUGGGGAUGACAGUACCCGGCUGACAACCACCACAAGCAGUGUGAGGUCGGUUGUGAACUCCUCUUCGGAAAUGAGACUUAUGAGUGAAAUAAACUAUACGAAACUGUCGGAAAUUAAUGAAAUGUUUUCACCGGAAUUGUUAAAUAUGACUCCGAGCCCGGUGAUUGUGGUCCGGUUAUUGGAGGAUGUUCUGCCGAUUAUUCUGAGCAUCAGUCGGAAAUUUGAGACCAAGCUGACCAAGUGGUCGGAUGAGUAUACGAAGUUGAUUGUGUCCGCAAUCAAAGAAGAGGGCUGGAACGGGGCUGAUAAUGAAGAAGAUUUGAAUUGGACAUUUGAAGGAAGUAUUUUGUUUGCAAUUACAAUCAUCACUACCAUAGGUGAGUUUUUCUGUUUUGAACCGAAUGCAAUUCAAUCACUGUUUUUCUUUUGCAAAACUCACUGUCCACGUGCUUAG